GCCCUGGGGAUUUCCAACCCGGAUUUUUCUCUCAGCAACUGCUACAGGCCGGAAAAACAUACAACACAAUAUAUCUUAUAUUUGACGGCAUUGCUUGUCCAGGAAUCAAUUCGGCAAGAUGAUGGAGGAUUUUAACAGCGAGACCGACUCGGAUUACACCAGUUACUGGAGGGAUUGGUUCAUUUCCUCGCGCGGCAAUGAGUACUUCUGUGAGAUUGAUGAGGAAUACCUGACCGACCGCUUCAAUUUGACCGGUCUGAACACCGAAGUGCCUUACUAUCAAUAUGCGCUUGAUCUCGUGACGGAUGUCUUUGACCUCGAUGCAGACGAUGACUUGCGUGAGCAAAUCGAGAAAUCAGCGCGCCACUUGUACGGCUUGGUUCAUGCUCGUUACAUAGUCACUACCCGGGGUCUCUCGAAAAUGCUUGACAAAUACAAACGGGGCGAUUUUGGCAAAUGUCCCCGUGUUAUGUGUGAUGGACACCCUCUGCUCCCUAUGGGCCAGCAUGACAUUCCGAACAUGAGCACUGUUAAACUCUUCUGCGCGAAAUGUGAGGAUAUCUACAACCCCAAGUCUUCUCGCCAUGCUUCCAUCGACGGUGCCUAUUUCGGGUCUUCUUUCCACAGCAUUCUUUUCCAGGUCUACCCCGCUCUUGACCCCGAGAAGAGCGUGCGCCGUUACGAACCCCGUAUCUUUGGAUUCCGCGUUCACGCGAGUGCUGCGCUUGCCCGUUGGCAGGACCGGUAUCGUUCGGAUAUGAUCGAGCGCCUUGAGGGAGCUGGCAUUGAAGUUAAAUAUCUCGAGGACUUUGAUUUCGAAGGUGAAUCCGAGGAUGAGGAGGAUGAUUUCGAUCCUCUCGACACGAGGGGCGAAGAAGUCGUCGGCGAUACUGCAUCCGGUCGUAUGGACCUGGGUAACUGAACGGGAUGGUUUUUUUCAUUUUCGGCCGUUAUUGCAUCUAUUCAUUUCCAUAUUUCUCGGUAUUUGGAUUAACGAAAUCAUCAGGCGUACGGUGGAUCUGUUUACUUCUAUAUUUCAUGUAUUUUGCUUGUUAUAGUGGCGUUGGCGAAUUUUGAAGACGGCCGGCCU